AUGUCUGGAAACACUACUGCGGAUCCACUUGCUCAUACGUCGUUAGGAUCGAAAAGUGCGAAGAAGAGAAGAAAGAAGGGCGCAACGGACAAGGCCAAUGGCGAUGUUAAAGCUGCAUCCACUACAUCUGAGGCAACGGAAGUACCGACGAAGAUGAUAGAAGCUGAAGAUGAGGAGCCACAGCCUGAAGAAGUGGACCAGGACCAGGACCAGGACCAGGACCAGUCACAACUAUCCCCAAUCACCGUAACCGACAACAGCUCCACGACUCCUCUCACCAAUGGCACCCAGAAAACCAGCAUGACAGGGUCUACCGAGGAUUCUGAUGCCAGAUUCGAAGCACUUGUGAAGGACCGAGAUGCUCUUCGUAUCGAAGUUACUCAGCUCCGGCAAUCCCUGGAAGAACUACAAGCAAACCAUCAGACCAGUCUUGGAUGUGUCCAACAAGAAUUACGUGAAACGCGGACCGAGAAGGAAAAUGCGGAGGAGCAAUACCAAACCUUGUUAGGCAGAGUCAACACGAUCAAAGCGCAGCUAGGGGAGAGACUCAAAGCCGAUGCAGAAGACCUUGCUCAAGCCCGUUCCCGCAUCGAGGAGCUCGAAGAACAAAACAAUUCCUUACAGGAGCAGCAGAAUAUCCACUCCGCCGAGCUUGAGAACCUAACAUCAGAAAUACAAGCGCAAUCUAAAGAACUAUCUUCUCUCCGCAACCGAGCGACACUGUCUCAACAAAACUGGCUCAAGGAACGUGAAGACCUAAUCGAGCAGGAAUCAUAUGCGCGUGAGCAAUACCAAAACGCUGAACAAGCUAUGCGGGAGUGGGAAGUGCUUGCCCUGGAAGAACGAUCUAUUCGCAAGGACCUGGGUGAAAAAGUCGGCGAUCUCGAGGAACAGCUAUCUGGGCUGAAAGAGGCUUACGAGAGAGCAGCAGGUGAGCGCGACAGCCAGUCCAAUACCGUGGAUGGACUACAGAAAGCUCUACAAGAGAUACAAACAGCGAGGAAAAGGGAAUUGAGAGAAGUGGUGGAAAGCUCACAGAGCGAAGCCGAAAAACUACGCAGCCAGCUUGCAGAGGCUCAACAGGCUUCAGCUUCAGCUACUCAGGAGCUCGAAACCGUGAAGAAAGAACUAGAGAGAGCCCUCCCAUUCGAAAAAGAGGUCAAAGAAAAGAACCUUCUGAUCGGCAAGCUGCGGCACGAAGCCGUCACCCUAAACGAACAUUUGACCAAAGCUCUCCGCUUUCUCAAGAAGGGUAAACCAGAAGAUAACGUGGAUCGCCAAAUCGUAACCAAUCACCUCCUCCACUUCCUGGCCCUCGACCGCCCGUCUGCCGGCCUGGCACGCCCUUCUUCCACCACCACCACCACCACCACCACCUUUUCCUCGAAUACUCUGACAGGCAGUCUGCGACUACCGCACUCACCGCUCGUGCAUCGCACGCCCAGCACGCCGGCGCUGACGGGAGAUUAUUUUCCAGAUGGGGUGCCAGGUAGCGGGGUGGGCAGUCCGAGCAGCCGGGAGAGUUUAGCGGAGUUGUGGCAGGGCUUCCUGGAGCAGGAGAGUGGUGCUGCGGCGAAGGGAAAGUCGAGGACGGGCAGUCUGGCGGAUAGUUCACCCAGAUAG